UGUGUGUGUGUCCUUUUUGUGCGUAAGCAUAAAAGCACCGGCAGAGUGCGCGCACGUUAUGCACGGUCGGCGAUUGGUCAGCUGAGUGUACGCACUAGAUUGCGGAGGUUCUGCGUUGAGUUGCCAGUGAAAGAAGCCUGCUCUAUCAGGAGACACGGAGGUGUAGCGUGACGUUCACUUCAACGGGGCACAUGAGAUAUACAUGGACUACAAUAGAUUACACUAAACAUCUAGGCUGCUCUAUGUUCGGAAAUUGUCUUAAACCUCAGCGGUGUCAUGGAGGUAAUUUCUAGAGAGACCAAAAUUCACAUAAAGGUUAAAGACAAAAUCCUUCAGCCCAGCAGCAUCUUCACAACGUACGACCACUGGAAUUGUGUGAUUCGUCACAUCGCCUCUGCUUGAGGAAAAUUACUGGCUCACUGUAAAGCAUAGAUUGGGCUGGCCAUGACAGGGUCUUGAUCUGGUGGUCCUCCAUCCACACCUUGAUUGACCUGGCUGUGUGGCAUGGAGCAUUGUCCUGCUGGAAAAACCAAUCCUCAGAGUUGGGGAACAUUGUCAGAGCAGAAGGAAGCAAGUUUUCUUCCAGGAUAACCUUGUAAAUGGCUUGAUUCAUGUGUUCUUCACAAAGAUGAAUCUGCCCGAUUCCAGCCUUGCUGAAGCACCCCCAGAUCAUCACCGAUCCUCCACCUGGUCGUCUAAUGGUUGGACGGAGACCUGGAGAGGCCUACAAGCCACCGUGUCUCGCCCCCACUGUGAAAUUUGGUGGAGGACCGGUAAUGAUCGGGGGGUGCUUCAGCAAGGCUGGAAUUGGGCUGAAAAUCUGUGACACUGUGACAGAACCUUGGAGACAGCAGCAGGAUUUCCGUUAGCCGGCAAUCAGUACCGCCGCUCCCAAUACGCAUAUUACGCAGUCUGCGUAGGGCACCAACUCCCUAGAGGGGCACCAGAAACUCCACCGGCUGCCUUUACUGCAUCUCAUAAUAUUCCUCAAGAAGAAUGCUGCAACAGAACAACAACAAUAACCACCACUGCCUGGACGUGGCCCAUAGAGAGCUACUGCAUGAAUGCAGAAGAACCAAUGUCUCAUUCACCAGUGCCCUUGAGUUUGGAGCUAUACCCCUAAUUAAAGGCCUGAGAGCAUGGGCUGUGAAUGGCGGCUACUCCAGAGCCAGAAGAAAGGCUGCUACGGCACCCCGGGCACAGGGCACAUGCCAACAGCCACCUGAAAACAGGUUGGGGCAGAGAAGCUGGUCAGGUCAGAUUAGCAGUGUCUAUGGGCAGACACUGGAGAGUACAACUAGUACAAGAACUCCAGGGGUCAGGCAAGAUGGUCUCGGUGCUCUUGUAACUGUGGCCACUUUGAAAGGCAAAGAGGGGGAUGGCAGGCAGACUCAGACACGCUGUCUCUUUCUCAAGGCCCAGGGAAGAGGCAGCUACAUCUGUGCUGUUGGACACCAGGGGGCUGGGAUGAGAGUCACAGUUCCACGGACUCAUAGUGUCAUUCUGGAGGGUACAAAGAAAGAAAUCGGAUGUUCCUCAAAAGGGCUAAGGGCAAGCCAGGAUGGGACAGAUGAUGGUGGGGUACUCAAGGCCAAGCCAAGGGCCAUAAGAAAGUGGAGAAAGUGCAGUAAAACAACAUGCUCGUCUGAGAAAAGAACGACUAAAGUGGACAUCACCAAUCAAUGUUGUGAGCCAGGACAUGGUGACCAUAACAAUUCUGCAUUCUCAAAAGUCACCUUAGGGCCAGUUAACAGAACAUCACAUAACACAAUGUCAGAGCAAGUAACACAAUGCGAAACAGAAGAAAACAAUAUGGAAAGAAGCAAUACUACCUCUCAUGGUGUACUUAAACUGCAAAGUCAGGAAUAUGAGUUGAGCAAAGACGAAAGGGCUCAUUCACCCACAUCUGUGCAUAUUUUCACAACUGAGAGCACGGACCCACAAUCCUGCUGCUUUUCUGCCAAACCAUGUGCUGAUACAGGUGAGCAGGUUGAGGGAUUGGGAAUCAAUCCAUCAGAUAAAUGUUUUAAAAGUUGUGAAGGAUCCAACUGUGCCAAUGAUCAUGCACAAAGAGACACCGAGGUCUGUAAACGUGAAAAUCAUCAGAAUACUGAAACAAAAAACAAAGAUGGAAACAUUGUUGCUGAUGAGCCAAAAUUAGAAAGAUCAUCUGUAGUAUCUAAGACCUCUGAGACUAUCUUUGAUAGUCCAGAAAUAAAACGGACCACAAUAAACUGUAGUACUGAGCCAAGCUUAGGUCAUGCACUCAUGAUGACAUCCUCUGAAGUCCCUGUCAACAGCAUUCAGGAGAAUCAAGAGUCCAGGACAAACGAGUACUCGUGGAACUGUGAGAAUCAACAUUCUGUGGAGACUGGCGAUCUCACAACACCGAGAUGUGCGACUCCAGACACAAUGAUCACAACCAUGCCGGAGGGCUUCACAGGGCAAGUUUACACUCUAGUGGGAGUUGAAUGCAAUUCUUUAGAGAAGUGCAAGUCACCCAUGUGCUCACCUCAGCAAUGGGAGGAAUUAAUCGCAGAACAUGGAGAACUUGAAGUUCAUCAGCCUGACAAAUCCUCUUUACGAGGCUUUAGCAUGCCAACAUCCAGUAUAAUUCUAACCACUAUUCACUCCCUGCCUAAUCGUGCCCCUACCACCACAGAAGGCAUAGCAACAGCCAUUCCAGCAUUAAGCAAGGGGGAGGUGGGGGAUAGAGGUGGAGACUUGCUGCCACUGGUGAACUCCGAGUUUCUAACAGAGCCGGAAAGAGUUGAUGAGAGGGAGAAUGUGGCCACUGAUGAGGGGUCUCUUGAUGUGGGUGAGGAGGAGGAUGAGUUUGGGGCUUUCAUGCAGGCAGAUGGAAAGCAGCUCUUGACGGAUGGGUUCCAACAGUUGGCUACUGGAAAGGAUUACAAGACUGGGGGACUUACAAGCUCCACUAAUGCAAAUGAACCAACGUCCUGGACAUCUGAUUGGACAACAGAUCAGUCAUUCCUGCAAUCAGAGAGCACAUGGACUGCUUUCAGCCAGGAGACUGUGGAGCAGAAGAUAGUGCCUGGUGGUCAGUGGUGGCCUACAACUGUGGAAAAGCCAAACCUUUCCCUCUCUCCUCUUUGUGAUGUGUCAAGUGUGUUUCUAGAAGCCUUUUCCUCAGAAAAGCCUUACUGUCAAGAUCCUGAUUACAUUCCUACACUAAAACAGCUUCUGCAAGGACCAGCUGAAAAUGGCAAUACAGGGGAGCCUAGGGAGCAGAGCUUACUUGACGGCCUCCAGGAUCUGGACAGGAUGAUUGGUGUAAAAUAUAAGAGGGCGGAGUCUCUGUCUUGUAAACUUCUCCUUCAGUCUUUGCAUUUGGAACGUUCCAGUUCUGAAUGUGUGACAGUUCGCGUGAAGACCAGUGCCAGGUUUUCUCCAAAUCUCCCAGCAUCCAACCAGCAGUUAGCUGCAAAUGCUAAAAGAAGACUGUCUUAUGACUUCAACAGAAAUAUCAUGACUUAAGUCUCCAUAUCUUCUGAAACGUCUUUGAGCUAUGCUUCCCUGAAAGCAGGAAAUUCAGAGGAGCGGAAUAAUACAUGUUUAAAAACUGUACAAUGACUGAUUUUUCCCUGGACUGAUUCUAUUCAAGGUUGAUUUUUAAAGUGUAUUUCUUGUUUCACUGUCUGUUCUCACGAUAGAUUCUGUUUUGUUAUUCAGGUGUGUAUCAUGAGACACAAGACCUAUAUUCAACUAAAUGUAUAUUUUUGAGUAUGUAACACUAUUGGGGAUUAAAUUAGAGCAAAUAUACACAACCUAAUGUUAAACGAAAUGUCUGCCAAACUUUGAAUUUAAUUUGCAUAAAAAUAUUGUUUCUCCUUUUUGCUAAUCAGAUGAAAAGGUGAUUUAUAUACAGUUGUGUAUACGGUAACUUUCCAUCAUUGCUAUGGAUUGUGUUUUUAAGAAUAGGAUUAUUUUGAUUUUCACAGGGUUGCAGGUGUAAAUUCGGCCUGUGUCAUGUCCCCAUCCCUUUUCCUUCACUUUCCUGUCUUCUUUCUAUGACUUAAAUGUUAAAGGCAAGAAGACUGUAAAUAAAAUAAGAAAAUGAUUACUUUGGGGAUUAAGCUUACUUUCUAGUCUCUGAAAGCUCCUCUUACACCUGAAGACUGUCAAAAGGAAGCACAUUUUCAGAAAAUAUAUUUUAAUACAUGGCAAAGCAGUCACCUCUAAGAGAAAUCCACUUUCUUUUUGUGCUUGAAGUGCUAAAUAAGAAAUUGUAGUGUAGCAUUUUUAAUAAAGGAACUCCUUAAGAAUA